GCCAUCCUCUCCCUGGCCUCCGUCUCCUCGGCCCAUUUCCUCCUCAACUACCCAACCUCCAUCGGCUUCGACGACGACAAAGAGGGCACCUCCCCCUGCGGCGGCUUCACCCCCGACGUCUCGUCCGGCUCCAAGCAGCUCGUCGACUUCCACGUCGGCGGCGACUCGCUGGCCAUGCGCUCAACCCACCCGCAGACCUCGUGGCUGUUCCGCGCCACCCUCGACGGCACCGGCGAGUCUGGCUGGCAGCAAAUCUUCCCCAUUGUCCAGCAGAGCGGCCUGGGCAACUUUUGCGAGCCUCAAGUUGUUCUGCCCUCCGGCUGGGCCGGCAAGAAGGGCGUCGUCGGCGUUGUUGCUGAUGGUCCUGACGGUCUCCUCUACCAGUGCGUUGCCGCCAACUUCGUCUCUGGAUCCGUCGACCCUCCUAGCGCCUGCAAGAACGCAACCGUCACCGCGUCCUUUGCCAGCGAUCCCAAGCUCUCUGCCCUCGUGUCUGGAAGCGCCUCUGGCAGCUCCUCCAACAGCACCAGCACCGGAUCGCCUUCGACUUCCACCACGGCUUCGACCACUCAGAGCAGUGCUGCUGCUGCCAGCACA